UGCGCAUGCGCUGUGUAUCGUCAGAGGGGUGUCGCGAAAGUGAAUCUUUCAAGAGCGGAUCAAAACACGCUUUACAUUAGAUUCUGGAGACUCCUUUUGUUCUUUAUGACAACAUUUGACAAACAAGCUUCACAGCAUCGAGGAGACUGAAUCAGAGUAAAAAAUAUACCAGACUGAACCGAAACUAUUUACGCAGUCAGACACCGACUACUGACUACUCAAGAUCAGUCCAAUGGCGGCGGCGUGUGUGACAAAGGUGGAGCUGACAGUCUCCUGUGAAAACCUGCUGGACAAAGAUGUGGGGUCUAAAUCUGACCCGCUGUGUGUCCUGCUCAUGAACACAUCUGGAAACCAGUGGUUUGAGGUCGAUCGCACUGAGAGGGUUAAGAACUGCUUAUGCCCAAAAUUUGCCAAGAAGUUUGUUGUCGAUUACUGCUUUGAGGUAGUUCAGAAGCUCAGAUUUGGCAUUUAUGAUAUUGACAAUAAAUCCAUCGAUUUGAGCGAUGAUGACUUCCUGGGCGAGUUCGAGUGUUCGUUGGGUCAGAUUGUUUCCAGUAGCAAGCUGACGAGACCUUUGCAGCUGAAGAACAAGAAACCUGCAGGAAAGGGAGUGAUUACGAUCAGUGCAGAGGAAAUCAAGGACAACAGAGUUGUCAAUUUUGAGAUGGAGGCCAGAAAACUGGACAAUAAGGAUUUCUUUGGAAAAUCAGACCCCUACCUGGAAUUUUACAGGCAGACAGAAACAGGCUGGCAGCUUGCUCACAGAACUGAGGUUGUGAAGAAUAACUUGAACCCUUGCUGGAGGCCUUUUAAAAUCCCUCUACGUUCUCUGUGUGCAGGAGACACGGAGAAACCAAUCAAGGUUGAAUGUUACGAUUAUGACAGCGAUGGAUCUCAUGAUUUGAUAGGGAUUUUUGAGACCAAUAUGAAGCGUCUGCAAGAGACCACUCGCACCGCUCCGGUAGAGUUUGAGUGUAUAAACAGUAAGAAGAAACAGAAGAAAAGUUAUAAGAACUCUGGAGUAGUGGUUGUGAAAGUUUGUCAGAUUACGAAGGAAUACACCUUUCUGGAUUACAUCAUGGGAGGCUGCCAGAUAAAUUUCACUGUGGGCAUAGACUUCACUGGGUCAAAUGGUGACCCCAAGUCACCUGAUUCUUUACAUUACAUCAGUCCUCAGGGUGUGAAUGAAUAUCUCUCAGCAAUCUGGUCAGUUGGCCUUGUGGUCCAGGACUAUGACAGUGACAAAAUGUUUCCUGCAUUUGGAUUUGGCGCUCAGAUUCCACCUACUUGGCAGGUGUCUCAUGAGUUUCCUCUCAGCUUCAAUCCUGCAAACCCAUACUGUGCAGGUGUUGAAGGUGUGGUGGAGGCCUACAGGAUGUGCCUUCCUCAGGUCAAACUUUACGGCCCUACGAACUUCGCUCCUAUUAUUAACCACGUGGCUCGUUUCGCACAGCAGGCUUUACAGCAGAACACAGCAUCGCAAUACUAUGUCCUGCUGAUCAUCACGGACGGAGUGAUCACGGAUAUGGAUCAGACGCGUGGAGCCAUAGUCGCAGCCUCCCGCUUGCCCAUGUCAAUCAUCAUUGUGGGCGUAGGCAAAGCCGACUUUACAGACAUGGAGAUUCUGGAUGGAGAUGACGGGCGACUGAAGUCUAUCAAAGGAGAACCGGCUGUACGUGACAUUGUGCAGUUCGUGCCCUUCAGAAAGUUCCAGAACUGUCCUAAAGAGGAGCUCGCUAAGUGUGUUCUGGCGGAGGUUCCUGGUCAGGUCGUCACCUUCUUUAGCAUGAUGAAGCUCUCGCCUCCUAAAUCAAACACUCCAGUGGACUCUCCAAAUGGGCCAACACAGAAAUGAAGGACCUGCUAACUUCCUUCAUACCACAUACAACUCCACAACUGGACAUCACCAACCUGCUACCUUUCUUGAAGAGAAAUAUCACUAGUUACAUUUGGUUUAAAAUGUCAGUUAUAAAUUUGUUUACUUUUUAAAUCAUUUUUUUUUUCUGCCAAAUGAUCUUGCAGUGGUCUAUUAUAGAGCUUGUUUGGACUCAAUUAUACUAUUCUAAAUGAUUACUGAAAAAAACAGUACUAACAGUGUAAGUGUUCAAGUUAUGUCAACAGAGUACAGCAGUGGUGUGAAGGCUUUUUUUGUUUUUAUCUCCAAUGUCAUUCCCACUAACUCCUUACAAUUUUUUUUUAAUCAUUAUUAUCUCAUACAUUUUUUACAUGUCAUUAUCUUUCUUUAUAUCUUAUAUAUGUAUAAGAUUUUUUAAUCAGUGCCUCACAAAGUCAUUUUCUUCAUAUAUCUAAUGCAUAAUAUCAUAUUGAUCACAUUAAUGUGCCUGAUUGUUUAAGUUGCAGUUCCCAUACUUCCUGUAUGACUACAAUGCACAAAAAGCUAAAGCCACUGAGGAAUGGUGCUCAGAUCUCAAUCUGUACAGAUGAAAGCCAUAGAUACUGACGUCUGGACAGGCCAGUCAUCCUGUUAUGUGCCUGAAUGCACUAUGCAUAACUACAUUAAUAAUAAUAAUAAUAUGCCAAGAUAAUCAGCUUUUUGGAUCAGUAUUAACUGUUUUAAGAUGCAGAAAAAUAUUGUUUUACACUUUAAUCAGAAUGUCUGUAAUUGUGCUUAAUUAGCGCUGAGAGGAAUAUAUUACAUCAUCUUAAAUGUAGUUUAAAUAAAGCUAUUUUUAUCAGAUACAGUAUCAUCAUAUGAUGUGUCAGCUUAGCAGUGUAUGAUAUGUUUUACUGAUAAGUCUUGCAUCUGUAUGCUUGUAGCAUGCCUUGUUUCACAUACAGUAAAUAAAACAGUGAAAAGUGGCAUUGUUUAAAUUUUUUGCAAUGUUAUU